GGGGUGAGCCGGUGCAUGGGUCCCACGAGCUGCUGACAUUGUGAACACUUUACUUCGUGCUAUCGUCGUACCAUGUAUCGCUUAAUUAAGAAUUUAAAGUGUGCCACAUUCGUUGGAAUGCCACAGCGACUGGUUAUCGAGGUGAACAGCAUGACAGCGAUGCCGCUACCGUCCAAGCACGUCAUAGUUUUGAGCGAGUAGCUCCUCCGCUGGCUCGAAGCGCAGAAUGCCAGCUUCGGUGGACGCAUGCUUGGACAAACUUAACCGGCGGCCCCUGGCCUCUCGCUCACCGGUCAUCGGCUCGCAGCUGUCGAACAAGACUCCGCUACGCAGCAGCUCCUGUCUUGCUCCACUGAUGCUGAGCCUUUACAUAGCCGCAUCGCCAUGCAUUUUCCUAUUCGUCACCGGCACCGACUCGUCGGAUCUGGUGCCGAACCUCUGCCGCCUCAUGGACCAGCCACUGUAUUGCCGGUGCGACGUCGAAGACUUCGCGGACGACGCGACGGACGUGUUCUGCUACGUCACCAGGCCCAUUACUCCCAACCACGUUGUGUUCAAUUCUUUUCGAGGCCACGCAUCCGUUGUUUCUCUGGGCUUUAACGCGUUGAACCUCAAGCACAAACUGACUUUUGUGCCCUCCGCUGCUCUCAGACACUGUUCCCGUCUGGAGCGCCUAAAGUUCACGCAGUCGGACUUGGGCGCCCUGAAGACGCACUCAUUUCACAACCUCUCCAGGCUAGCGUGGCUUUCGCUGGACUCGAACUCCAUAACGAUCCUGGGGAAAGAAUGUAUUGCCAACCUGCCGCGUCUGAAGAGACUCGAACUCGGAGACAACAAGCUGACAGUCGUUCCCGCCGGUUCCUUCCGUGGUCUUCCGGCCCUAACGCAGGUCUUCCUCGAGAGGAACGAGAUUGGCAACGUCGAGGACUACGCAUUCGAAGAGCUUUCCAACGUCCGAGAACUCGACCUGAGUGACAAUGUCAUCGAGAACCUCACUGAGCAGACGUUCAAGGGCCUGUCGAGGGCCAUACGACUCGAUUUGUUUCGCAACAAGAUCAGAAGACUCGGAGCCCGAGUGUUCAGCGCGAUGCCCGCGCUUGUCGAACUCGACCUCAAGUACAACGGCGUCGCCGAAGUCCACCCUCUGGCAUUCGAGGGCCUGCCGCAACUGAACAUCCUCUACUUGGCGUUCAACCGGCUUCGCGUCCUUCCCGCCCAGAUGUUCGCGGGUGCCCCCAACCUUCUGAACAUUGACCUCUCCCAGAAUGAGCUGCUGACGCUUACUUGGAGGACAGUCCAAGACUUGAGAAAAAUUGACACAGAGUCCUUCCACAUGGGUCUCAUAGGGAACAAGUUCGUCUGCGAUUGCCGUAUGUCCUGGGUGCAGCGUUUGCAGAAUGCCACGCUGAACGGCAAGUUCCAUCGCGAACUGCAGGACAUCACCUGCUGCUUUGACGGGGCUUCGGGUAGCCCCAGCUGCGGAACGCAAGUGUCCGGGCUAAGCCUUCCGGAGUUGGAGUGCCACGAGGAUUACGAACCACAAGGACUGCCAUCGGCGAGACGUUAUGACAAGGAGAUGACGGAAUCCGGUGGCGUGUUAGAGGAAGUGGACGACUUCAGCGCAGGUGCCAAGAUCCGCCGGACGCGUCCGGUGUCCGAACACAAGCCGGAAGGAGGCGAUGACCCUGUGAGGCCGGAAGGCAAUGCAGCGGAAGUGAACGAAAAAGACGUGAAGGUGGUCCCGAGUAAUGUGAAGGCUGCGGCCAGUGAAUCAGUAUUCAAUCGCGGUAGUCCGAGCAACAUUGCCGGGGCGGCUUCCCGAUGCCUCCCGGAUGAGGUAGCCUCGCGCCUCUUACUUUGCCUCUGCCUUCGGUUUCUGAACAAGUUGCUCUGACAAACAGAGUGAAAGUGUCCAGUUGAAGCGUGACAGUGACUACGCUGCGCUCGCUUUUGCAGCGCAGUACAGUUGCGACAGACGAACUUGGUAACAAUUGGUGUCACGAGACGCUGAUACAAUAACCACCGAGAUGACAGGAGUACUCCGCGUGGUGGUGAUUGCGAUCUGAGAUAAUGGUUUAAGAAAUAUUAACUGAAAAUGGUCAGUUGGAAGAGGGCACAAAAAUAAACAGCAAAAGUGAAAAGCAAACGCUGUGAUCCCCACAACAACACUGGGCAAAGCUACUAAGUGGGACACACCGGCAAAUUCCUGCAUGGUCGAGCACAUUUUGCUAAUAUCAGCGCUGCGUGCCGCGCAGGCGUUCCAUUUGAAAAAAAAAAAAAACAGUUCCCGUGUACCCUCCAUUCCACUUCGCCCGCUAAGUUAUUUAAAGGGACCGACAACUGCCCAGAACAUGAAAUGAGAUGACUCCACUGAUGGAAAGAUUGUCCGUCGCAUUGACUCAAACCAACCCUGUUUUUUUCGUGAGAGAUGGAUUUAUAUUUUUAUUUAUUAAUUGAAAGUCGCGAAAAAUGACCUGUGGCGCCUCUGGUGGCAAAAACAUGAACGAUCCGAUGAACCCGGCCAUGUGACCAUCGA